AUGCACGAGAUCCAAAACAUCGCCAAAGAUUAUAUAAACGAUGAAGAGAUAGCAGAUCGAGGCAUCAUCCCAAAAGCCCGGCAACUCAAAGAAAGAACAGGCGGCAACAGAACCCUCUACUGCGACUACCACCGAGGUUACGGGCACAGGACACAAGACUGUUUCGAUCUCAAAGACGCCCUCGAAAAAGCCAUAAGAGACGGCAAGCUCCCAGAGUUCGCCAAAAUCAUCAGAGAACCAAGACGUGCAGAAAAGGACAUGUCAGCUAAAAGAGAAAGACACAACCCGAGAACACAAAAACAACCUCCCAAGGAAAGUCUAGAUGAUGACCCGACCAUAAUAGUAAACGUUAUCACAGGCAAAGACAUAUCUGGCAAAUCAAAAUCGACACUAAAAAAGGACCUCAAGGUCUUGGCCGUCAGAAAUCAAGCCCCAUCUACCACUCCCGACGAAACGAUAAACUUCCUACCCGAGGACUGCAAGCACGGCACUUCGGCCGAAGAUGCACCUUUCGUCAUCUCGGCAAGAAUCGAAACGGGACUAGUUCGAAGGAUACUGGUGGACACCGGUACAGACUCCAACAUCCUCUUCCGAGGAGCCUUCGAGAAGCUCGGGCUCCGCAACGAAAAUCUCCAAACACACCGCAAUGGCGUUACAGGACUUGGGGACAAUUUUCUCAAACCAGACAGCUCCAUCACCCUACCCCUUACCAUAGGGACAGGCAACCAAAGGAAGACAAUUCUGUCCGAAUUUGUGGUCCUAUAA